AUGGUGAUUACCUGAGCAUGAUUGAAUUAAACGAAAUGGUGAAGGAAUUGAAUCUGUUUGGGUUGGUGACUUACUACUACAAAGUGCCUAGAAGGGAUCUCUAUCAUGGAUUAAGGCAUUUAACAGAUGACUCUGAUUGUGUUGAAAUGGUUCAGUGGGUAAAACUGAGCAAGACAAUAGAGGUAUACCUAGAAACUCAACCACUUGUGCCUAAACCAGUCAACACCCAACAUAGAGGAAUAGUUAGUGGGGAGGUUGGUGGGAAUGCUAAUGAACAUGACCAUUGGGAUGGUGAAGGGGAAGGGAGUGAGUCAUACUCAAGUGAGAGUGAAGAGAGUACAGAUCUUGAGGAUUUUGUGGAUAGUGAAGUUGAUGAUGUUGAAGAUGAUAGGUUGUUUGACAUGCAUGUGGACAAAAAUGUUGAGUGGGGGGGUUUGUCCAAGGGAAAGGGGAAGGAUCCUAUAAGUAAUAGGUCUACUCAGUCAAUGACAAAUGAGGAUUCAGAUGCAGAGGCUCAAUCUGAUGAGCUGGUCAGUCUUUAUGGCUCUUCAGAUGAGGAACGUGGACCACCUAGGGAAAGGCACCGUCAAUUUAAUAAAAAAACAGACAUGAUUGACCCUAAGUUCAAAGUUGGGAUGAUAUUUCCAACAAGAGAGAUAUUCAAAGAAGCUGUUAGGGAGCAUUCCAUAAAAACUGGCAAGCGUUUAAUAUUUACAAAGAAUGAUACUCGUAGGGUUAGGGUUGUUUGUAAGCCACCUCCAAGCCAAGUCCCCACUCCUCCAAGCGAAGCCAAGAAGAAUCCAUGUGAAUGGGCGUUGCUUGCAUCUAAAAUGCAAGGUAAUGAAUGUUUCCAAGUCAGGACCUACGAAAGUACACACAACUGCCAAAGGAUGUUUCACAAUAAACAAGUCACUGCUAAGUGGUUAUCAAACAAAUAUGUGGAGACCCUUAGAUCCAAUCCCACUUGGCCAGUGAAGUCCUUCAAAGACCAAGUACAAAAGGAUCACAAAGUGGGAGUGUCUAGGGCUCAACUUUAUAAGGCAAAGGGGAAGGCAUUUCAGAUAAUUGAAGGAGAUUAUAUGGAGCAGUACACAAAACUUCCUGAUUACUGUGAAGAACUUAGGAGAACUAAUCCUGGCACAACCAUAACCAUGAAGACCAUUGAGGAUGAGCGUGGUGGAGAUAGGUCAAGGUUUGAAAGAUUGUAUGUUUGUUAGAAUGCUUGCAAGCAAGGCUUCUUAGCUGGGUGUAGGCCAUUCAUUGGACUAGAUGGAUGUCAUCUUAAAGGACCCUACAAAAGGACAAUUGCUAGUAGCAGUAGGGAUUGAUGGCAAUAAUCAAACUUUUAUGGUGUCAUAUGCUGUGGUGGAAGCAGAGAACAAGUCAUCAUGGAAGUGGUUUUUGGAGAUUCUCAGUGAAGACCUUAAUAUAGGUACCAGCCACGAGUUCACCUUCAUUUCAGACAAGCAAAAGGGCUUGAUUGGAGCACUUGGAGAGGUUAUGCCAUAUGCAGAACAUAGGUUCUAUAUUAGGCACUUUUACAACAACUUCAAAGACUCAAACAAGGGUUUACACUUGAAGGAGAUC